GAACAUUUGGGCGCAUUAAGAAGCUGUUCCUGUCUUCCGGGCCAAAAUGAUUGGUCCCUGGAAGCAGCAGAGGCCGCCCCCGACCGAGGGAAGCAUGUUCCGGCUGAUGAGGGAUGGCGAGCCGGAGGACCCCAUGUUUGCCAUGGACCCUUUUGCUAUCCACCGGCAGCACAUGAACCGCAUGCUUUCCGGAAGUUUCGGGUUCGGCCCACUCCUUGGCAUCACUGAUGGGACCACACCUGGGACUCGCCAGGCUGGCCGUAGGAUGCAGGCAGGAGCUGUUUCACCCUUUGGGAUGCUCGGCAUGGCAGGUGGCUUUAUAGAUAUGUUCGGGAUGAUGAACGACAUGAUUGGAAACAUGGAGCAUAUGACAAGCGGUGCUAACUGCCAGACAUUUACCUCCUCAACCGUCAUCUCCUAUUCCAACCUGGGUGAUGGGCCCAAAGUCUAUCAGGAGACCUCAGAGAUGCGUUCAGCACCUGGUGGGAUCCGUGAGACUAGACGGACCGUAAGGGACUCGGACAGCGGCUUGGAACAAAUGUCGAUUGGACACCACAUCAGGGAGCGGGCCCACAUCAUGCAGCGGUCCCGGAACCACCGCACGGGUGACCAGGAGGAGAGGCAGGACUACAUCAACAUGGAUGAAAGUGAUGCAGCUGCGUUCGAUGACGAGUGGAGGCGAGAGACGUCACGUUUCCGGCCGCAGCGGGGGCUGGAAUACCGCCGUCAUGAAGGCAGCGGUGGCCGUCGGGCUGAAGGGACUCGUCUUGCGAUCCAGGGCCCUGAGGAUUCUCCCUCCAGACAGUCCCGUCGGUACGACUGGUGAACCCAGAGCAGACCUGGUGGGGGGUGCAGCGUGGCCACCCCCAAAUCUACCUACACGCUCUUGUACAGACAGUGACACUCUGAAGCCCCUUCAAAGCACCACUUGGACCUUCCUCAAAUUUAGUAUUAACCUCCCUCCCACUUAAGAAUUGAAACAAAGCAACUAACCUUCCACAUUGCUCUUUUUUGCCCCAUUUGGGUGCUGCAUUGGGCGUGGGGAAUCUCACUGAUGUGCAAGGAACGCAUUAAUUGCCCAUUCCCUUUCCGCUCUCCCUUGGUUCUGUUCUUUCUGCCAGUAGUGGUGGGCGUGAGGAGCUGCCACCUUGCCUCUUCCAUCCUUUCCGCUCUUUCUGUGCUGGGUUGGGCUGGUUCUGAAGUUUGUGUUUAGUCCCCCAUGAAAGAAAUACGAGGGAAUUCUGCUAGAACCCCGUGUCGGUCCCCUCACUGGGACAGAGGCUUCCAUUCCCCUCCUGCUCCUUGGCGCAGCUAUGGAGAAGCAGAAGGACGUGCGUUGGGGAAGGGAGGAGCAGAACAAAAGCUGGAUCAGCCUGUGGGCCCCCCCACCGACCCCUCUUCAAUCAGCUCCCCCACUUUUUUAAUUUGUGAAACUUGUAACUAGAUGUUUACUGAAUAAAGAAACAAACUGU